AUGCUGACGCUGUUGCCGCCGCGCAACACCUGCCUUGCUCGCUCCCUGCACCCGCCAAGGACAGCGGUCAUCACCAAUCCGCUGGACGUGGCUAAGACGCAGCUGCAGGUGCAGGGGGAGCUGCAGUCGACGGGCCAGGCGGCCACGCGGCCCAAGGGCGUGAUCGGAGCUCUCUACACGCUCGUGCGCGCCGAGGGCCCGCUCGCGCUGCUGCGGGGCGUCGCGCCGUCCAUGCUGCGGGAGGCGACCUACUCAACAGUGCGGUACGGCGCGUACGACCCCAUCAAGUCGUGGCUGCAGGCGUCCGCGCUCGGCGCGGGAUACACGCGCAGCCACGGCCAGCAGGCGGCGGCGGCGGCGUCCAGGGGCGCCAACGAGACGCAGGCGAUGCCCAUGAGCUUGAAGAUCCUGGCGGGCGGCAUGGCGGGCGCCCUCGGCGCGGCGGGCGCGACCCCCAGCGACCUCAUCAAGGUGCGAGCCCAGGCCGCCGCCGCCGGCGGCGCGCCCCCCGCGGGCCUGUUCAAGACGGCCGCGACCAUAUACGCCUCUGAGGGCGGCCUCCGCGGCCUGUACCGCGGCAUCGGGCCGACGACGCUGCGCGCGGCGAUGCUCACGGCGACGCAGCUGCCGGUCUACGACCACGCAAAGUAUGAGCUCACGACGCAGCCCGCGACGGCGGCAUAUUUCACUGAGGGCCAGGGGCUGCAUUUCGCGUGCUCCAUGGUGGCGGGCGUCGCGUGCGCGACGGUGGUGGCGCCGGUGGACUUGAUCAAGUCGCGAUACAUGUGA